CCUGUCUUGUGUGCGUGUAGAGGCGAAACAUUCUGAAGCGGGAUCUGGUGAAGGGAUUAUUACUGUGUUACGUUGGAAGGACGUCAUGCAGUGUACGGGACUGGUACAUCCAAUUUAAAUAAUUACGGAUGUCGAAUUGGGAAACGGAGUGGAAAUGAGAAGAGCGGUGGCGGCAAAGAGUGGAGCUCAAGGAAAGGAGCCUGGAAAGACAACUUCCACAGGACCAACAACGGUCAGGGAAAAUGGACCGAGUUUACCAACAACCCCCAUAUCUCCAGUCAGCCCCACGACACCAAUAAUAGCCCCGGUGGAUCUGAAAGAUGAGCCACAGUCUCCCGUCACAGAUGCCACUCAGAUGUUGAUAAAAUGUGCCAAGUCCUUCAUCGUUAUUUUCCCCAUUUAUGUGUUGGGAUAUUUUGAUUUCAGUUUCAGUUGGGUUUUAGUAGGGCUUACCAUCUUUUUCUGGUGGAGAAGACAUCAAGGCCACAAAAACAACAGACUGACCCGUUCCCUGGCAUUCUUGGAGCAUGAAGAUAAAACUGUCAAACAAAGUUUGGCGACCUCUGAGUUGCCACCAUGGGUUCAUUAUCCAGAUGUGGAGAGGGUGGAAUGGCUCAACAAGACAGUGAAACAGAUGUGGCCGUACAUCUGUCAGUUUGUUGACAAGCUGUUCAGAGAGACCAUCGAGCCGGCUGUGAAGGGGGCUAACGCUCACCUCAGCUCCUUCUGCUUCACCAAGAUCGACAUGGGGGACAAGCCACUAAGGGUGAACGGGGUCAAAGUGUACACUGAGAAUGUGGACAAACGACAGAUUAUCAUGGACCUGGAGAUUAGCUUCAUUGGAAAUACAGAGAUUGAUGUUGACAUCAAGAAAUACUACUGCAGAGCUGGUAUAAAAAGUAUACAGCUUCAAGGUGUCUUGAGGGUCGUCAUGGAGCCCUUGCUCGGAGACAUGCCAUUGAUCGGAGCCCUAGCUGUCUUUUUCCUGAAGAAGCCUUUUCUGGACAUAAACUGGACAGGCCUCACAAAUAUGCUGGACAUUCCAGGCUUGAAUGGCCUGUGUGAUAACCUGAUCCAGGACAUCAUCUACAGCUACCUGGUCCUGCCGAACCGCAUUACCAUUCCUCUGGUGGGAGAGGCUCAGCUCUCUCAGCUCCGCUUCCCAAUACCUAAGGGCGUCCUGAGGAUUCACUUCCUAGAGGCCCAGGACCUGUUAGCGAAGGAUGUGUUCCUGGGAGGGAUAAUAAAGGGCAAGUCAGACCCGUACGGGGUCCUUCACAUCGGCAACCAGCUGUUUCGGAGCAAGGUGAUCAAGAAGACCGUCAAUCCCAAGUGGCACGAAAUCUAUGAGGCUAUGGUGUAUGAAAACUCAGGACCACAGAACCUGGAGAUAGAGCUGUUUGAUGAGGACACUGACCAGGAUGAUUUCUUAGGAAGGUUAUUGAUAGAUAUCGCUGAACUUCAGAAGGAACAGAAUGUUGACGAGUGGUUUGUCUUGGAGGAAGGGGAUACCGGAAAGCUGCACUUAAAACUGGAGUGGCUGUCUCUGCUUCCCACUCCUGAAAAUCUUGAUCAGGUGCUGACCAGCAACAAGGUUGAUAAAGGACAGGCUAAUGCUGACCUGUCGUCUGCCCUGCUGGUGGUCUUCCUGGACUCGGCAAGGAGCCUCCCUUCUGGUAAAAAAGUGGGCAGCAUCCCGAAUCCUUUUGUCCAUUUCACAGUCGGGCACAAAACGUACGACAGCAAGACGAGGUAUAAGACCAACGAGCCUGUCUGGGAGGAGGCCUUCCCUUUCCUCAUCCACAACCCAAAAUGCCAAGAGCUGAAGAUUGAGGUAAAGGAUGAGAAACAUGAUUGUUCCCUGGGGACUCUGAGCCUACCCCUAGCCCGUCUCCUAGAGGCUGAAGACAUGACACUGCACCAGCGCUUCAAUCUCAAGAGCUCUGGGACUAGCUCCACCAUCAAGAUGAAGAUGGCACUGAGGCUUCUGUGUCAGGAGAAGUUGCAGGUUCGUAAGGCCAGCACUAGUAACCCCAUCCCCGUGAAGAGCCCGCCCGUCGCCGAACCCCCCAACCCUGUCCCUAUCUCAGACCUCUCACGCUCUGUGGCCGCCUCGACCCAGGAGCUCCACAGGAGAGGGGGGGAUGGUGAGCCCUACACAGGGGGUCCGGUAGGCAUCGGCCUAGCCGACGCAGGCAGGAGUACCUCCAACCUGGCCAUCUCUGGCACUCACAAACACCUGGCCCACUUUGGGUCAACUGUCAGUAUCGCCUCGGACAUCUCCAACCCGUACGCCACACAGGAGCUCCAGCAGAGGCUGAGCGAGUUGCAGAAUGGCUCAGCCGAUCAUUUGCCCCUGGGUGAGGUGCAAUUGACUGUCAGACACAGCCCCCAGAGGAACAAGCUCAUUGUGGUUUUGCAUGCCUGCCGAAACCUGAUUGCGUUCACAGAUCAUGGGUCAGAUCCGUAUGUGCGGCUCUAUCUUCUACCUGACAAGCGAAGGUCUGGGAGGAGGAAAACCCACACGCACAAGAAGGACCUGAACCCUGUUUACGAUGAGAUAUUUGAGUUCGGCGUGUCGGUCGUGGAGUUGCACAGGAGGACUCUGGAUGUGGCGGUAAAGAACGGAGGAAAUAUCUUUUCCAAACACAAAGGGCUGCUGGGGAAGGUGCUGGUGGAUUUGACUCACGAGGAUAUCGUCAAGGGAUGGACACAAUGGUACGAGUUGAGUGAGGAUGGUCUGAGAAAAACUCUCCAGCAGCUGUAAACUACACUGUGAAGAGGUAGAGGAGGACCUAACCAAGCCUUCACCAACGUGGCAUUGCCACUAGGGCCCUACUGUAAGUGUCAAGCAGUGUCUAUAGAGUAGUGCUGUUUUAGGAUAAGUUUUGCUUUUUGGAUAACAAUGAAUACAAUUACAUAGUUAGGUGUGAAAUGAUCCUAGAUCAGCACUCCUACUCGGAGACACUUGGCAUAUACAGCCCCUGAGCAAACGUAUUUGCCUUUUUCAAACAAUUGCUUUAAAAUCCAUGAACAACUUUUGGGGGGGGUUUUUCCCUUUUUUAAAUGAUCGUUUAUAUACAUGACUUAAAAUAUAAAAAAUUUGCUAUUCAUUUAUUCGCAUCAGUUGCAUCGUUAUCUCUCCCCACAGUGCAAUAGUAAGAAUGGGAGUAUGUGUUCAAACUAAUUCUACAUUUUUUUUAAUCCAUAUUUUAAAAUAAAAUUAUUGAGGACUGUAACAAAAUAUAUAUUUUCUUGCUACGGCUGUUACAGCAGGUUUUGCUGCCUUGUUUUAUGUCGGGAAUGUACAACAUAUGAAUAUGUAAAUAUGUACAAUGACAAUGAGGACUAAAGAGAAGGUUUAUUAUAAUGUUUGUAGUGGAGGGUUUUGCUUGGUCACAAUGACUAUUUUAUAAUUUAACAAACUACAUGCAAACUAUAUCAGAGCUAAGUUGAACUAUGACCCGUCUAUCCUCUAAGGUGAAAUAGUAUAUAUAUGUAUAUGUAUAGUACUUCGCCACCAAAGAGACAAUGAAAUGAAAUACUUGUCUGUGGGGUUUUAACUAAACCAAAUAUGUUUGCACACUAUUUGUUUAUGCAUGUUUAAAAUCUUUCAAAGCAUCAGCAUAGUGUUAACAGUAAUAAUAACAGAACUUGGCUGAGUUAACCUCACAGUGAUAUUCCAGCCUUCUUCGAAUCAUUGUGGUUAAUGAUAAUUGAUUUCCCAACUCUGAAAUCACGACAGAUUAAAUAUAUUUAUCAUGGUUGUUGUCAAUAAAUGCACCAGUCUUCAUGUUUUUGUUCUACGAACACAUUUCAGCAUGCACAUCUUAUUCAACGCUUCUCUUUACUGCAAUCACUUGCAAAACACACAUAAUUUUCUGGUUUACGUUGUAGGUGUGAAAUGAUCCUAGAUCAGCACUCCUACUCGGAGACACUUGGCAUAUACGGCCCCUCACCUUUAUUGAUUACGUCACCUGUACCUGGAUAUCUGUAACACAUGUAAACACUCUGUUAUGACUUUAUUGAUCUGGUUACCAUAGUAAUGAUGUAUCAUAAUGAAAGCAUUUUAGAUUGUACCAUGUUUAAGCUCUAACAUAGUGGCUUGUAGCCUAAUGUAUCAGUUCUGAUGUGUUCUCAUAUUUCUGCAACCUCUGUCCUUUUUUUAAAAGUAGUUGUAUGCGUACCUACAGGUAACUGCCAAAAUAAAGAAACCGCCAACAUAGUGUCUUCAUAGGGCUUUGGGCCACCACGACCCAGAACAGCUUCAAUGCACCUUGGAGGGAUGCGACACCAUUCUUCCAUGGAAAAAUUCCAUAAUUUGGUGUUUUGUUGAUGGUGGUGGAGAACACUCAGAAUCUCCCAUAAGUGUAGACUUGGGUUGAGAUCUGGUGAGUGAGAGACGCGCGCGCCACGCACACAGGGGUGGACUGGGAAGUAAAUUCAGCCAUGGCAUUUUAGCCACACCAUCCUACAUCCCUGUGUCAGCGCCUCUCUCUCUCUCUGUUUUUAUUUCUCCUAGCUCUAUUGUACUUGACCCUGCUGCUGCUAAGGCUAGCGUCACUCUGUUUUGGCAGAACAUGCAACAUUACUUGGAUUUGAACCUUUAUUUGAAGCCUUUUCCAGAAAUGAGAAUUAAAACAUAAAUUAAAGCAAUUGUCUGAGGAUGGUGCUGGACCAUCUGAAAUAAUAAUACACAGGGGAAGUUUGAUUUAAUAAGCUUUAAAUAAAGGUUCAAAUCCAGGUCAUGGCCUCCCAAGUGGUGCAGUGGUCUAAGGCAGUGCAAACUGCCUCUGGAGACCCUGGUUCGAGUCCAGGCUCUGUCACAGCCAGUUGCGACCGGGAGACCCAUGUGGCAGCGCACAAUUGGCCCAGCGUCUUCUGAGUUAGGGGAUGGUUUUGCCAGCAGGGAUGUUCUUGUCCAAUCGCACACUAGGGAUGGCGGGCCGGUCGCAGUGCACUCUGACACGGUCGCCAGGUGUACGGUGUUUCCUCCGUCACAUUGGUGCGGCUGGCUUCCAGGUUAAGCUGGCAUUGUGUCAAGAAGCAGUGUCCGUACAGGAGUUGCAGCGAUGGGAAACGACUUUAACUACCAAUUGGAUACAACGAAAAAGGGUAGAAAUUAAAAAUCCAGGUCAUGUGACAUGAUGAACCAAAACACAGGGCCCUAUCUAACAUUAAGAGCACCUUCCGAAUAUUGAGUUGCACUCCCCCACCCCAUUCGCCCUCAGAACAGCCUCAAUUCGUCGGGGCAUGGAUUGUUAAGGUGUUAAGCGUUCGGUAGGGAUUCUGGCCGAUGUUGACUCCAAUGCUUCCCACAGUCAUGUCAAGUUGGCUUGAUGUCCUUUGGGUGGUGGACAAUUAUUGAUACAUACAGGAAACUGUUGUGCUUGAAAACCCAGCAGUGCUGCAUUUCUUGACACAAACCCGUGCGCCAGGCAUCUGCAAUCAUACCUUGCCAAAUACAUUUAAACUCAUAUUUCACAAUUCCUGACAUUUAAUCCUAGUAGAAAAUCCCAGUCUUAGGUCAGCUAGGAUCACCACUUUAUUUUAAGAAUGUGAAAUGACAGAAUAAUAGUAGAGUGAUUUAUUUCAGCUUUUAUUUAUUUCAUCACAUUCCCAGUGGUUUAGAAGUUUACAUCCACUCAAUUAGUAUUUGGUAGCAUUGCUUUUAAAUUGUUUAACUUGGGUCAAACGUCUCGGGUAGCCUUCCACAAGCUUCCCACAAUAAGUUGGGUGAAUUUUGGCCCACUCUUGCUGACAGAGCUGGUGUAACUUAAUCAGGUUUGUAGGCCUCCUUGCUCGCACACGCUUUUUCAGUUCUGCCCACAAAUGUUCUAUAGGAUAGAGGUCAGGGCUUUGUUAUUGCCACUCCAAUAAUUUGACUUUGUUGUCCUUAAGCCAUUUUGCCACAACUUUGGAAGUAUGCUUCGUGUCAUUGUCCAUUUGGAAGACCCAUUUGCGACCAAGCUUCAACUUCCUGACUGAUGUUGCUUCAAUAUAUCCACAUGCUUUUCCUGCCUCAUGAUGCCAUCUAUUUUGUGUAGUGCACCAGUCCCUCCUGCAGCAAAGCACCCCCCAUAACAUGAUGCUGCCACCCCCGUGCUUCACGGUUGAGAUGGUGUUCUUCAGCUUGCAAGCUUCCCCCUCUUCCUCAAAACAUAACGACGGUCAUUAUUGCCAAAAAGUUAAAUUUUUGUUUCAUCAGACCAGAGGACAUUUCUCCAAAAAGUACGAUCUUUGUCCCCAUGUGCAGUUGCAAACCGUAGUCUGGCUUUUUUAUGGCGGUUUUGGAGCAGUGGCUUCUUCCUUGCUGAGCGGCCUUUCAGGUUAUGUCGAUAUAGGACUCAUUUUUACUGGGGAUAUAGAUACUUUUGUACCUGUUUCCUCCAGCAUCUUCACAAGGUCCUUUGCUGCUGUUCUGGGAUUGAUUUGCACUUUUCUCACCAAAGUACGUUCAUCUCUAGGAGACAGAACGCGUAUCCUUCCUGAGUGGUAUGACGGCUGCGUGGUCCCAUGGUGUUUAUACUUGCGUGCUAUUGUUUGUACAGAUGAACAUGGUACCUUCAGGCAUUUUUCUGAGGUCUUGACUGAUUUCUUUUGAUUUUCCCAUGAUGUCAAGCAAAGAGGCACAGAGUUUGAAGGUAGGCCUUGAAAUACCUCCACAGGUACACCUCCAAUUCACUCAAAUGAUGUCAAUUUAGCCUAUCAGAAGCUUCUAAAGCCAUGACAUAAUUUUCUGGAAUUGUCCAAGCUGUUUACAUUUACAUUUAAGUCAUUUAGCAGACGCUCUUAUCCAGAGCGACUUACAAAUUGGUGAAUUCACCUUCUGACAUCCAGUGGAACAGCCACUUUACAAUAGUGCAUCUAAAUCAUUUAAGGGGGGGGGGGUGAGAAGGAUUACUUAUCCUAUCCUAAAGGCACAGUCAACUUAGUGUAUGUAAACUUCUGACCCACUGGAAUUGUGAUACAGUGAAUUAUAAGUGAAAUAAUCUGUAAACAAUUGUUGGAAAAUGACUUGUCAUUCAUAAAGUAGAUGUCCUAACCGAUUUGCCAUAACUACAAUUUGUUAACAAGAAAUUUGCGGAGUGGUUGAAAAACAAGUUUUAAUGACUUCAACAGAAAAUAGUUUGUCUUGCCCAAUCACCCUCUGAAUGGCACACAAUCCAUGUCUCAAUUCUCUCAGGGCUUCAAAAUCAUUAACCUGUCUCCUCCCCUUCAUCUACAUUUACAUUUUAGUCGUGUAGUAAAUGCUCUUAUCCUGAGCGACCUACAGUAGUGAGUGCAUACAUUUGAAUACUGGCACUGCAAAUACAACCCUGGCCCUGCUAGCACCAUGCUCUACCAACUGGGCUACACGUGAUUGAGCUCCACUGAUUAAUGUAGAUUUAAUAACUGACAUCAAUAGGGGAUCAAAGCUUUCAACUUGGAUUCACAUGGUCAGUCUGUCAUGGAAAGAGUUCAUAAUGUUUUGUACACUCAGUGUAUAUACAUAGUAUAGAGCCAGACUAUUAAGGAACUGGCAGUACAUCUGUUUCUAUAUCGCUAGGUUUCCAUCCAAUUGGUGAUGGAUUUUCAUGCAAAUAUAAAAUAAUCUGCAUAAAAACAAUAUGAGCAUUUUCCCACCAGAGAUGUUUUCAUCAAAUUGACUUACAAAAUACAUUUUUGCUGUUAAAUUCCCAUGUACCGAAAUAUAAAAUACAAGUGAAAUGGGUUUUCAUCGCAUUUUCAACUCUACUGAUGGUUUUCUCACAAAAACAAUUGCAUUACAGUGCCUUCAAAGUAUUCAUACCCCCUUGAUUUACAGUAUUCCACGUUUUUGUUGUUACAGCCUGAAUUUAAAAUGUAUUAUUAUUAUUUUUUUAUCCAUCUACACACAAUACUCUGUAAUGACAAAUUGAAAGCAUGCUUAAUUUUUUUUGCACAUUUAAUAAAAAUUAAAUCCAAAAAUACCACAUUCACUUGUGUUCACACCCAUCUAUACACAAUACCCUAUAAUGACAGUGAAAACAUGCUUACUUGUUUGUGUGCAAAUAUAUUGAAAAUGAAAUGCAGAAAUAUCUCAUUUGAAUAGGUAUUCACACCCCUGAAUCUGUACUUAGCACCUUUGGCAAUGAUUACAGCUGUGAGUAUUUCUGUGUAAGUCUCUAAGAGCUUUCCACACCUGGAUUUUGCAACAUUGGCCCAUUUAUCUUUUCCAAAUUCUUCAAGCGCUAUCAAAUUGGUUGUUGAUCAUUGCUAGACAACCAUUUUCAGGUCUAGCCAUAGAUUUUUAAGUAGAUUUGUCAAAACUGUAACUCAACCACUCAACUCCAAUGUAGAUUUGGCCUUGUGUUUUAUUGUCCUGCUGAAAGGUGAAUUCUGUACCAGGUUUUCCUCUUGGAUUUUGCCUGUGCUUAGCUCCAUUUCUUUUUUAUCCUGAAAAACUCUCCAGUCCUUAAUUAUUACAAGCAUACCCAUAACCUGAUGCAGCCACCACUAUGCUUUAAAAUAUGGAGAGGGUUUUCAGUAAUGUGUUGUAUUGGAUUUGCCCCAAACAAAACACUUUCUAUUGAGGACAAACAUAUAAAUGCUUGCCACAUUUUUGCAGUAUUACUUUAGUGCCUUGUUGCAAACAGGUUGCAUGUUUUGUAAUAUUGUUAUUCUGGUGAGGCUUCCUUUUCACUCUGUCAAUUAGGUUAGUAUUGUGGAGUAACUAUAAUGUUGUUGAUCCUUCCUCAGUUUUCUCCUAUCACAACCAUUAAACUCUGUAACUGUUUAAAGUCAA